AUGGCCGACUCACAGAGUCUGAAGGUUACUAUGUUGGGAGCGGGCCAGGAAGUCGGACGGUCGUGCUGCGUUCUACAAUACCGGGGGAAGACCGUCGUCUGCGAUACUGGCGUACACCCAGCGUACAGCGGAAUGGCCUCAUUGCCUUUCAUUGACGACCUCGACUGGAGUACGGUCGAUGCCAUUCUCGUGACCCAUUUCCACUUGGACCAUGCUGCAGCGCUCACUUAUAUCACUGAAAAAACCAACUUUCGCGAUGGGAAGGGCAAGGUUUACAUGACCCAUCCAACAAAAGCAGUCCACAAAUUCAUGAUGCAAGAUUUUGCUCGAAUGAGCUCCUCGACUUCCGACGCGCUUUUCUCUCCAUUAGACAUGCAAAUGUCACUCGCCUCAAUCAUCCCCGUUUCCGCCCACCAACUCAUCAAUGUUUGCCCUGGUGUCAGCUUUACACCGUACCAUGCUGGUCACGUCCUUGGAGCCUGUAUGUUCCUGAUUGACAUUGCUGGCCUUAAAAUCCUCUACACUGGUGACUACUCCCGAGAAGAGGACCGACAUCUUGUGAAGGCAGAGCUUCCACCUAUCCGUCCAGACGUCCUCAUUGUCGAGAGUACAUACGGUGUACAUACUCUCGAAGGUCGUGAAGAGAAAGAGGCCCGCUUUACGACACUCGUUCACUCGAUCAUCCGGCGUGGUGGACAUGUUCUUCUCCCUGCUUUCGCUCUCGGUCGUGCUCAGGAACUCUUGCUCAUCCUGGACGAGUACUGGAAGAAACAUCCUGACCUUCACAACGUUCCCAUUUACUAUGCGUCUAGCUUGGCUCGGAAGUGUAUGGCGGUCUACCAAACCUAUAUUCAUACAAUGAAUGCCAACAUUCGAACACGGUUCGCAAAGCGUGACAAUCCCUUCGUCUUCAAGUACAUCUCUAACCUUCCUCAAACCCGAGGAUGGGAAAAGAAGAUUGCGGAAGGACCUCCUUGCGUGGUACUUGCAAGUCCUGGCUUCAUGCAAGUUGGUCCAAGCCGUGAACUUUUCGAAUUAUGGGCCCCGGACGCUCGCAAUGGACUCAUCAUCACUGGCUACUCGAUUGAAGGAACGCUUGCUAGGGACAUCAUGACUGAACCAGAAGACUUUAUCGGCCUGAAAGGCAACACGAUUCCACGAAAGAUAUCUGUGGACUACAUCUCCUUCAGCGCCCAUGUCGACUAUGCUCAGAAUUCAGAAUUUAUUCAAGCGGUGAAGGCUCAACACGUCGUUUUGGUUCAUGGAGAGCAAAACACGAUGGGGCGUUUGCGCGCCGCUAUGGCGGCCAAAUUCAAAGAACGGGAUGAAGAUGUGAAGAUUCAUACACCGCGUAACUUGGAGACCCUGGAACUCUCGUUCCGAGGAGAGCGAGUUGCCAAGGCUAUUGGAACUCUCGCUGACAAGCCUCCUCAAGCCAAUGACGUCUUAUCCGGCCUUUUGGUGGCAAAAGACUAUUCCUAUACCCUCCUUGAUCCCCGAGACCUUAAAGACUUCACUGGUCUGUCGACUUGCGUUGUGACGCAGCGGCAGAAGCUGGUAAUAAGCGUCGGCUGGGAUCUGGUGCGGUGGCACCUGGAGGGUAUGUAUGGCAAGGUGGAAGAGGGUCUCGAUAAGGAUGGUGUCUUGACUAUGCGGGUUAUGGGAGUGCUCGAUGUGAAGCACACAGGAGAACACGAACUGACACUCGAAUGGGACUCGAGCGCGAGUAACGAUAUGAUCGCAGAUUCGACAUUGGCGUUAAUUACCGGUAUUGAUAAGAGUCCUGCCUCGGUGAAAUUGACCACCCACCCCCACUCGCAUUCACACAGCCACCACCAACACCCUCAUGCCGACCUUGAGGGAGAAUCAUCCUCCGUUACACGGAUCCAGCGACUAGCCAUGUUCCUCGAGGCCCACUUUGGCGAAGUUGAACUUCAUUAUCCAGAUGAGGAAACAGAGCAACGAGACAACGCCGAAGAAGACGAGGAAGAAGAAGAAGAAGAACGAGAACCUGCGCUGCUAGUCCGCCUAGACGAGGCAUUUGCUCAAAUUAAUCUCUUGUCUUUGACCGUGUCGAGUCCCAACGAAGCACUACGGAAACGCGUCGAAGCAGUUCUCGAUAUGGCCUUGACGACCGUAAGCUCUUUAACGGAGUCUUUCACCUCUGGGGUCCCCGUUACAAUCGACUCGGAUGUUGCGGGGUCCAAGGGCAAGGACGAUAAGGCGCUUUCGAUGGUCGGGCCCGCAAGCGCUGAUGGCGCCGGUGGUGACAAAAGUCGUGGUUCUGGCAAUGAGGACGUUGAUAUGGGUGAUAAGCCAACGGAAGAGGGCGAUUCCAACAAGAAUGCUGGUGAUGAGGGAGGGUCUAAAAUAGCUGAGGGACAGUCUGAGGCUGGAGCUGAUGGAGAUGCUGGCGCAGUGGCUGAUCAUGUUGCUGUACCCCAGGACGAAUCAUCAGCUAAAGGUGAGGUGAGCGGUGAUGGAGAUGGAGAUCAUGGUGCUUCCGGGACGACCAAGGCUGCAGAAGGAGACGGUGUAUGA